UGUCAAUCGUCGGUGGUAGUGGUAUGUCGGUGGUUGUCGGUCGUUUGAUAAAAAUUGAGAGCGUUUUUAACUUGUUUUUCUGUUUAAUUUAUAAUUAUUGUCAUAGUUUAGUUUAAUUUCCCAUUCUAGUGUAUGAAACCUACAAGUUUCAGAUAGUUGUUCCAGUUUAUUGUAUUUCUCUUCGAUUGGUGCUUGCAGCAGCUUUCAAAUGGAGCUGCAGGCAUUGCUAGUGCUGUGUGGAGUAGGUGUAGUGGGGGUGGCUGUACUGCUCCUCAUGGGGCUCUUCUCAGCCUCGGGAACCAGCUAUGAAGAAGCCAUAGCUCAGCAACGACGAGCAACCAGUGAACUGUUAGCUUUAGCUGACAACAAGAAUAAGUCGAAAAAGACCAACAAGAAAGCUAAUAAAAAGUUAGCGAAGAAGGAAAAGAAAGAAAAUCCAACAGCAGCAACAGGAAGUGAGCCUGAAAGUGAGGCGCCAGCUGAGAGUGGCAUGGAAGAUGAGUCUGUUCCACCGAAGCCUCACGUUGAGUUCAGCUCAUCCAUAGUUGUUGAACUACCCACUGAUAACCCACCAAACGUCAAUGUGAAGAUUCGCAAACGCGGCAAAGAUCCUAAAAUAAGGCCGAUUUUAAUAAAUAAAGAGGAUCCGAGCUGUAUUAGUGAUCCGAGCGCGGCGGCCACACCCAACGCGGACGUCUCUAACCACUUUGAGGAAAUGCAUCCCAAGGAUGAGUUGGAGUUGUUGCAAUCGUCAUUAGAAAAACUAUCAGACAAGAAAGAAGAGAAAAAAGAAGAAAUCGUAGAGAAAAAAGAAAGUAAACCAUCGAAGCAAUCAAAAGGCGCCAAGGCUACACCGAAACAAAGCCCGCCAGAGCCAGCUAAGGAGGACCCCACUUCUGAAAAACAAAUUUGUAACGAAACUCCUCAAGAACAACGUAAAGUAAAAAAGGGUGAGAAGAAGGUAGUAUCGGAGAUUGUGGAAGUCGCCGAGGAAGUGGUGCCGCCGCUGAACGCCCCGCAGCCGAGCGAGCUGACCACGGACAAGUUACUGCAACAGGUGCGGACACCUGCACCCGCGCCCUCGCCGCCCGCCAAGUCCAAGAAGAAGAAGACCGACCAAGACAUGCUCGCACUAAUGGGCGGGGAAGGCGGCGGCGUGGCGGUGAGUGAGCUGGUGCGCGUGGUGCGCCAGGCGACGCUGUCGCGCGACGAGAUACAGAUCCUGACGGACGCGCUGCUCAACAAGCACCACGACCCCCUGCCGGCGCACUCGGAGUGGACGGAGGGCCCCAAUGAUCCGAUGCAAAAGUUGAAAAAACAACUAGCCGACAAGGAAAAAGCCCUAGCAGAUGAACUAGAAGCGUCCAAAGCUGUGAAAGCUAAAGUUCAAGAGCUCCGCGCGAGCCUGAACGCGGAGCGCGCGGGUGCGGCGGCGGCGCGCGCGGAGCUGCACACGCAGCAGACGCGGCUGCAGCGCCUGCUGGAAGAGCACCACGUGCUUGUGCAGGAGAAGAACUCGCUUCUAGGACAAAUAAGUGAGACUGAAGCUCAAGUUUCGCGAAUGCAAAAUAUGGAGUUACUUAUCCAGAGGUUUACUGAGACGGAGGUGGCCCUGCGCGCGGAGCUGUCGGCGCGCGCGCUGGAGGCGGGGCAGGCGCGCGAGGACGCCAUGCUGGCGCACCAGCACGCCGCCGACCUGGCGCAGCAGCUACAGGAGGCGAAUCUCGCAUUCGCGGACGUGGAGCAGCAGCGCCAGUUCGCCGUGCACGCCGAGCAGCUCGCGCAGCAGGAGCUGCGCCAGGUGCAGGCGCGCCUUGCAGGAAUGACUGAACUUCAAAACGAUUUGCAACGUUUAACGGCUCGAGCACAGGCAGCCGAAAGUAAUGCUGACAAACUUAAGGAGGACAUGGAAAAACAAAAAGAAGAGCUAACGAAAGAGAUCAGAUCUCUCCAAGAACAGUUGGCUUUGCGCGAGAGUGAGCUCGCCGAACUGAAGCAGUUGAAAGCUGCGCCCGCGCAAAACGGCCUGCCUCCGACUAGCGUUAAUGAGGAACAAAAGGCUGCAGAGCUGGCUAAGGUGGAGAGCACAGUGGAGGCGCUGCGUAGCGAGCUGGUGUCCGCACAGGAGAGCAUGGCUGAGCAGAAGCGACAGGUGGCCAGUCUGCAGGACCAACUCGCGCAGUACCGGGACAAGAACAACGAGUUGCGAACUAAAAACUGGAAAGUAGUGGAGGCGUUACAAUCCGCCGAAAAGGCCCUCGCGACCCGAGCGGCGCCCGCGAUGCCGGCCCGAGACGCGCUAGCUGAGGCUGUAGGCAAAGCUCAGGAACAACAUUUCGCAGAAGUAGCGAAUGUUCUACGCGCCGUAUGUCCCACUGCGGCACCCAACUCUUCAGCAGGAAAAGAGUGGUUACAAGCCUUUGCUGACAAUCUCAAAAAAGAACUUCUGAAAAAAGAGACAGAGAAGCAGCAGGUCGAAAAAGAUCUCGCAUCAAAACUGUCAGAAAAAGAAAACGAAAGAAAGCAACUGGAAAUUGAAAUGCAGAAAAAACUACAGGAAAAGGAAUUGGCGGCGAAAGAAAUUGAGAAAAAAUUGCAACAACAGAUACAAGAUAAAGAGUUAGCGAGUAGGAAAAUUGAAAGUGAACUACUGAAGAAGUUACAAGAUGAAUUAGCUGCAAAGAAACAAUCAGAGAGUGAAUUACAAAAGAAAUUACAAGAUGAGUUGAGUAUGAAGAAAAAACUAGAGAGUGAAUUGCAGAAGAAAGAAGUUACAAAGAUUGAAGUUCAACAACCAGUAAUGGACGACUCACGAGUCAAGGAUUUGGAAGUCAAGAACGUACAGCUACAGGGCCAAGUUGAUAAAUACAAGAGAAUCAUUGAUGACACUGAGACCGUGUUGAGUCGACUGCAGCAGAACGUGUCGCGCGAGGAGGCGCGCUGGCAGCAGCAGCUCAGCGACAAGCAGCGCGACCUGGAGGCGCUGCGGCAGCACACCGUGCAGCAGAUGCAAAACAAAAUAGAUUCCCUGCAGGCGGAGUUAGUGAAGUUACAGACCAGAAAUCACAGUCACAGCUUUGCAGAUGCAGAAAGAAUUGCAGAGGAAAAUCUAAUGGCAGGUUGUGCGGCCACUCACGAUACAGAGAUACACAAUGGGCCACUUCAGGAACAGAUUAAAUUAAGUGAAAUAUAACAAAUAGAAAAAGCAAUGUACAACGCAGAUUUAAGGCUGGAACUAACCGGCGUGCAACGUCGCGUCUCCUCACUCACUGCCGCGCUAACGUUAAGGUAUACAACCUGACCAGGGAGUCCACUUUACACGGUAGAGAGAUAAGACAAACGUCAGGGCUUUGGACAGCCCGUCAUUGAUGGACUGAAGCAGGCGUUACUUUGUGGAUACAUGGAAUAAAAAGUUUAAUUCACUAUGAUCCGCCGAAACAGACGAAUCUGUAUGGUACAAGGUGCAUCAUGCGAUAUGCACCGUCCACCCUCCCACUUCUAAAUAUAUAGGAAAAGCAAGCAAUACGCAUCACCGCACAUAUGUAAACAACAUAUUUUUCACUCCACAGUCACCAAGAAGAUUUGUGGUGGUGGUGGUGGUUGCUUUUCCUGUUUAUUUAGGAGUGGGAGGGCGGACGGUGCAUAUCGCAUGUUGUGCCAUACAGAUUUUGUCUGUUUUGGCGUAUUUUAUAGUUAAGCUUUUUAUUCCUAAGUCUACAGUUGUGAUUGAUUUCAUUAUGCAAUAAUUUAUACAAGAAAUAUUGUUUUGAAUUUCGCAUUUACAUUUUCGGAUUUAGAUACUAGUUUGCAUACUAUGUAUAUUGUGAUAAGUUGAUAACUAAGAAAAUAUUUCUUUCUAAUAUUACGAUGAAAAAUUUCAUUCAUAAUAGCAUAUUAUGAAUGGUAUAAUUUUAUUGCAAUAGGUACUACCGUUUCAAAGUAUUUGUUAACACCAAAUUAAUGGGCAAAACUUAUUUCUCCUGUUUUAAAGAAUGGGAUCAACGAAAAUAUUACAGAUUGAUGUUCAGAAAAGAAAAAAAAAUUGAGGAGCUGGCGAACAAAACGGUGUAAUUGCAUGAAAUAAAAUUUUACAUGAGAAUCAAAAAAUAAAUGAACUGUAAUUAUACCGUUUUGAUCGAAAUCACGAACUUUGGACUUACAUUUAGCAUAGUUCUAGGUUCUUUUGCUAGGAAAUGAGUUCAAGUUUGUAUCAAGUGAUCGAAAUCUCGUAACUUUGGACUCAACUUGACUGCAGUUUUAGGUCAGUUUGCUUGGAAAUGAGUUUUCGUUGGGCCAAAGAUUAAAGAGAGAAAAGUAUUUUUAUCAGAAGAGUAAUAUCACUGUUUUGUUCUCCAGCUCAUUAAUUCUCAUAUAGUGGACUCCCUGCCCGUUUUAUAGAGGAUUUAUAUUUUUUGUAUGUAGGGCACUCGUAAUUUGAGUGUUAAUUUUUUUUAAAUCAACUCAAUAAAUUAUUAAUAGUGGUGUAACUUGCCGAUUUCCAAUAUUAUUAUCUGCCUUGUAAGACAACGUUUAUUUGAAAUUACUUUUAAAUUAGUUUUAGUUAAUCAAUUUAUUAUGUUUUCAUCUGCAAAUAAAUAUUUUUGUCUUUAAAUAGCCAUUAAAACCCACUUUGUUUUCUGAUCUUUAUGUUGCAACGUUGAAGACACACGAGUAAAUCCAGUGACAGUACGAUUUAAAUGCGAUAAUUUUAAUAUGAAAUGUUAUGAUGAUGAUUCUAUAUCCACAAUUACUUUUAUUUCAUUUGAAAUAAAGUAAUGACAUAGAUUUUGGAGCAACUGUCAUAAAACAUUUAAGUAUCUAAUAAGUAUUUAAUUUAUGUAUCUAUUAAAUAUAAUUUACUUUUUUAUUAACUUUGUAUACGAGCCAUUUAUUUAAUGCGGAAAUUGGAUAGUUGCAAUAAAAUAAAACUAAACUAGGAAAUAGUAUGGCUGUUGGCAAAUAUAUCACAAAAGAAAAAGAACAAUGAAAUUAUAAUGACAUAAAAUAAUUCCUAGUAGUUAUAAAGGAACAAAUAAGUUUCUGACUGCAUUAGUGCGAUAGUUUAAUGUAAGUAAAGCAGCUUAUGAUAUUUUGUUGAAUAAAUAUUGUAUUGUCAAUAUCACAUAGCUUCAACAAUGUGAUUGUGAUUUAGGUAUCACUUUGUUGAAUGUUUUGCUACCACUUUUGUUUUGUACUAAUUGAGUAGGUCGAAGAGGGUAGGUUUUUUUAUAUGACAAUUAUUUAUUUAGUCUAAUGUGACACGCGAUUUAAAAAAAACUGUUAAGGAUGCCCGAAACGAUCAUUUGCAAUUGACAAUGCUCACGUGAUUGAAGAUUUCAAAUGAUGGGUGAUUGAAGCUCUAAAUGAAGAUGUAUCAUUUGCGCUUGCUUCAGUCUGAUAUUGAACUGCAAUGAAGAAAGUCAAGUCGCUCGAAAUAUGAUUUCAAACGCAGAUAAAGCAUUUCUUUCAGUUUGUACCCACAAAAAAAGAAAAGAACUAGACGUUGGUCCAAGGAAUGGUAUAAACUAAAAAAUCGGUUCACUAAUGAACAUUUACUAAGAACUCUUCAAGAAACAGAGCCGGAUGAUUCUUCUUCUUCUUCUUCUUCUUCUUCUUCUUCUUCUUCUUCUUCUCUCUGGGCUGGUUUCCGCACUUAAACGUUUCCGUCUGUAGUGCGUGUGUUGCGCCUCCCCGCCGAAGUAGCCGGAUGAUUAUAAAAACGAUUGACAUUUGCUGCCAUUGAACGUUAAUGCACAGCGCGUCAAUUGCCAUCAAUCAAAAUUUCCAUCAAUGGUCUUCAAUACCUUAGUUGCAAUUAACAAUUGCUUCAAUUCUCUUGUUAAACGAUCAUGUGGCAUUGACAAUGAGCAUCAAUCACGUAAAAAUUGACAAUCGCGAUUGAUCGUCUCGGGGGCCCUUUAGAACAUGUAUAAGGUAGGGUUCCUUAACUUGUAAAGCCGACCCUUCACAGUUGCUAAAAACUUCAGUGGUCAUUAUAUCCUAAGUGGUAGUUUUUUUCCAUAAGCUGUCUUAAGAAAUCUCAUGAUUUUAAAAUACCUAUUUAACAAGAAAGUAUCACUCGAAGGGGUAAACCAAUUUUUUUUUAAUCUCAAGCUUUCAUGUUUGGGUAGGUAUGUAGUACAUGGUGGAUUUUUCAAAAGUUUAAUAAUAUGAUAAUAGCUUUCUAUACCUGUAUUAUUCGGCUCAUUUGAAAAGAAGGAUUAAAAGUUUUAGAUGAAAUGCAAUAAUUUACACACUCCUUAUACUUGGCUUAAGUAUAAACGUUUUUAUGACGGAAAUGUCUGUAAGCCAUGUACAAAAUAGUGCAUAAUUACCGAGGGUGUAAGAGGGUAUGGUUUUAUCAUUUAAUUUUAGUUCAACUAGAAGUUCCUUUUUUUGAAUCGCGCGUCAAUCUUUGUUAUUGUGAUCAUAUAAUCAAUAUAAAUAUAAGGCGAAUAGUUUAAUUAAUUAGUAAUUUUCCAUACUUAUUUUAAAUUUAUCCAUUGCUUUUUACUAAAACAUUUUUAAUAUUUGACUAUUUAAAUUUGCUUAAAAGUGAAUUAUUUGGUAUAACCGAAUUUAAAAUUGAGUGUGCAUUAUUAUUGAUUUUAGGGAAUGUUAUUUACUAUUCAGAUGUAUAUUAUUUUAUUUAUAACUUUUGUAUUAGUGCAUAAAUCAUUUCUGUCAGUGCCUUAGAGUAAGUUUUGAAUUUUAAAUAAGCUGACUGUUUAUUUUGUAGUAAAGUGAAUUAAUGCAUGUUUAAUAAUAAGCUAUUAUUAAAAUUGUAUCAAUAUAAUUUUAUAAUCUGUGGAUAAACUAUGUAAUUAAUUACAGAAUUGUAAUAUCGGCCUUACCACAAAAACUAACGACCUUCUAAUAGGUUGAUAACGGUCGCUAUAUUUUGAAGCAUGCUCAUAGGUGUCAUUUUACCCAAAUGUGCGUAAACACCGCGCUAGCAUCAAUGUACUUUGUGCCGCUACGCGCAUGCGUAUAACACACAGCGUAUGAAUUGUCUUCACUUUCUUAAAAUAUGAAUUUAUGAGCUUCGCCUGUCUGAAGUUUUAUCAUAAUAUCUUUGAAAAAAUUAAGCAAGCACUUGUUUUUAUUUCAAACCGCUGUUUAAUCCUGACAGAUUUGUCUGAAAAAUCUGUCAAAACCUCAAUUUACUGAUCAACUAUUCAACUUAUUUUAUUUUUUGUGGUGAGACGAUAAGGUGUUCUUGAUUGUGGAAUUGUAUCGGUAAAAAAAUAUUUAAACUAGGUAUUUCAGGGACAAGAAAAAAAAAUCAAAACAGAAACUGCACAGAUAUGUUGUACAGUCCUUUGGUUCUUAAAAUUGUUUUCUCGGCUAAUAAGUAUCAGGGAUUGUAGCGGAUUUUUUAAUCCAAUUUUUAAAAUGCCAUAUUGUACUAUGUAGGCUGUCCACAGCAUGUUCAAGUUUAAACAUUAUUAUUUAGGAACCGUACAUCGUGAAUCGCACACUUUUUGAGAAAUGCCGUGUCAAAUGUCCUGUAAUAAUAGAAGUAAUAAAUAAUAACAUAAAAACUUAAUUAUUUUAUAUUGAUUAAAUAAGGCAAUUUAUAUGAGAAUUCAUAUAUUAUUAGAUAAAGACAUUACCUAUCAAAUAAAGUAUUUCUAUGAUGAAA